AUAGAAAAAUCCACAUGCCAAUAAAAACCCUGCAUCCCAACCCUAUUUCACUAUCUCAUUCUGCAUACACAGAAAGUGACACUUCCAUGUCACAAUCCCUAUUCUUGCUCUCUUAAGUUCCCCUACUGUUUUUUCAUAAGAACUUCUACACACACACCACACACCAAAACUAUAUAUAUAUAGGCAGAAAAAAUAAAUAAAAAUAAAUAAAAAUUUGUCGAGAUUUAUAUUUAUGAAAACUAUUUCAUAGUAAUAUACUGUCAGAAAACACUUGUAAUUAAUUAAUAAAUCACUAGAGAUUCAAAAAAAAAAAAAAGGACUCGAAAGUGGAUCGAAGGCAUGGAAAGAGGCCACUUCCCAUGGAAGCAUCGGCGGAGAAAGGCGGCGGCGGCGGCGGCGGAGCAUAUGGCGGAGACAACGAAACCACCGUUCCACCGCCGGAGACUAGUCAACUAGCCAACCAAGAUCAAGGAGGCGUGAAAAAACACUACAGAGGAGUGAGGCAAAGGCCAUGGGGAAAAUGGGCAGCGGAAAUACGGGACCCAAAGAAGGCGGCGCGAGUGUGGCUAGGCACGUUCGACACGGCGGAAGAUGCAGCACUUGCGUACGACGAAGCCGCACUCAAAUUCAAAGGCUCCAAAGCCAAACUCAAUUUCCCCGAAAGAGUUGUUCAAGGAAACACUACCCAGCUCCGAUACCUAAGCGCCGCCGCCGCGGACUCGUCGCAAAUGAAUAAUAUGAUGAUGCCACCUCAUCAACAUAGCCCCUUGCUUCACAAUACUUUCCCGGGGCUUCAGCAGUAUGCGCAAUUACUCUCUGGCAACGAUGCUCAACUCCCGUAUCUCACUUCCGCUCUCUACAACAACAACAACAACAACAAUAAUAAUAAUAAUAGUAACACCAAUUACGAUCAACAAUUGGGUUAUAAUUAUUAUGGAAACUACGCUCAACCGCCCGAUUAUAGUUCAGUGCCACCACUGCCACAACAACAACAACAACAACAACAACAACAUGUUGUUCAAGAAGAAGAUUAUCAGCCUAGGUUUGGAGUUGGUGAUGAUAAUCAGUAUGGAAGCAUUUCUAGUUCGGAUUUUAUGAAUUACGGUAGCUACUUCGACAACCCUAGUAACCCUAAUGAAUGAUUCGUAGUAGUUUCGGUUUUAUGAGUAGCUUUGGAGUAUACUCCAUGAGUAUUUAUUUAUGAUAUAUAUUUAUAAUGUAUGAGCAAUCUGUGUGUUUAAUACAAUUUAUGUUUUGAAUCAUCAGUUAUUAAGACUUGCA